AUGUGGAUGGCAAAUGAUCGAUGGAAACAAUUUGAUCAAUCUUUGAAGGACUUGCCUGCCAAAACCAUCGAAAAUGGAAAAGUCCUGAUUUUACAGGCGGCUGCCCUACAAAUUAUCUACGAUGGUACCUUGAUGCUCGUUCAUCAGCCAUUGUUAGAAUCUAGGAUCAGUACCACUCUUUGGUCGAGCUUUAUGGUCACCUCGGUGCAGAGAUCGCUUCACGUUGCUGUCAUAGCUGCAUACCGAAUGUUUCAAUUCUCUGUGCACCUGUUUCAGAACCAAUUCUCCAUCUCUUUUAUCUACUUCCAUUUCUUUACCGCCAGAGUGAUCCUAUGUCUUGUACACCCGAUUCAGCCAAUGAGUCUCUCUGCACAGGAAGCUAAGAAUGGGGUUCUGAGGAUUAUCCAGACCUGCAGAGCCAUGCAAGACAAGGAUCGCACGGCAAAGCAAACCGAAGAGCUUCUUGUUGAACUAUUCAAAGUCAUUACUAAUCGCGAGAUGAAUAGCGCUCUUGAACCCUCUGGAGAUGCCGAUAGGAUUGCUUCCUUGUUUAGCUCGCCCAUAACACCCUGA